GUUUUAGUUAAUUGUAAAUUAGCUUCAUAGUAUCAUUAUUUUCAACCACCACCAACGAAAAAUUAUGGCGGAUCUCGGCUUGUAUUUUGGAGAUGAGGAUGAUGACCAGCUGGUGCAGGAAGACAAGGCACUUUCGUAUCUCGUUCUAGCAAAUGAGCAAGAUGAUGCCUUCGAUCCGGUCGACACUGAAAAGCUCUUGGCCCAAAUGAGUGCAGGUUCACUCAUCUCCCAUGGGAUGGAGCUCGAGGAAGAUACAGACGUCGUCCAGCUUUUAACUGAGCCAAACCUCUCUGCUCUUGAAAAAACCCAGCUACUUGCGCAGAGUCAAUACGACUUUCAUCGAUCAUUCCUGGCAAGAGAAUUGCCCACGUUACUGAUGCAGAUGAGACCUCAGCAGGCUAUUUCACAUGUGAUACCUAUUAUCCGAGACUUUUCUCUAGAUCCCAUGGAUCCCGUCCGUGAGUCAUUGGCCUCGCAACUCGAUAAGAUUGUUUUGUACUUUUUACGCAACUCUAUAAUUGAACAUAAUAUCCCCAAGAAACAAAUGGCUCUUGACGAUGAAAGUGAAGAUUAUAAUGAUCAAGACCAUAUCAACAUUGAUGACAAGGGCAGGACUAGAUCCCUUCCAGACAUUCAUACAGAAGAAGCAAUAUCAACAGGAUUACCGCCAUUAUUACAUGAUACAUUUACACCCAUUUUUUUGAAUCUUCUGUUGGAUCAGAAUGCAAGUAUUGCACAUCAAGCUCGAUUGGCGGUCGAUGCUGUAGCCCAGAAUGUAUCGGAUGAGGUUAUGGAGAGCGAGAUCUUGAACGGCGUCAUUGCAGGAUUACAAAAAUUGUAUAUGCCUCCUGAGAUGGAACAACAACAACUUGAUGAAAACGAAAUCAACAGCUCAGGUUCAGGAGAAACUGUAGCUGUAACCGUGAUCGAGCAUGGAAACGACCAUUUUGGCUCAUAUAAUAUUGAUCUGGAUGGAGAAGCUGAGCUAGGGAAGAUGCUCGUUGUUGUGUUGUUGACAGCGCUGGCGCCAUUACUUGGACCCGAAAGAUGUACUCGUAUCAUUGUUCCAAAACUUGAAAAGUUCACUACUAACUCUCAAUUCUAUGUCCGCAAGGAAAUCGUCAUGGCCUUGGGGACACUUUGCAAGAUGGUGGAUCAAGACGUGGUCGUAAAGCGACUCUUACCAUUGUAUGAUAUCUUUGUUCAGGAUGACACCUGGCAUAUCCGACGAGCAUGUUGCACCAUAUUGGCUUCUUUUAUUGGAUCCUUACCCCUAGAUAUGAAGGCCAGCAAAGUCGAGGAGAUUUAUGAUAUUUUUUCUGUCGACGUUAGCCGUUCUGUUCGUAAUUCCGUAAUGGAAGUUCUCGGCGAAGUCAUUGCAGGGUUUGAAAAGGAAAAGGUGCCUGAUUCACUCUUGAGUUAUUUCCUGGACAUGGGUCAACAGCCGAUGAAUGACCAUGAACGUGCUGUCAUGUGUGCGUUUAGCUUCCCAGCCGUUGUUUUGACUGCAGGACGAUCAAAGUGGGAGCUCAUGAAACCCGUUUACAUCAAAUUGGCUGGAAGCUUCCGUGCACCUAUUCGGCGAUCUCUCGCCUGCUCUUUACAUGAAAUUGCAAAGAUCUUAGGGCCUGAGCUUGCAGAUCGUGAUCUAGCGCCUGCGUUUGCGGAUUGCUUGAUGGCAUUAGAGGACGAGGUCAAAGAGGGCGUUCUGGGGCAUAUUGUCGAUUUUAUCUCCUGUCUUUCUCCAAGUUGUCGCUCGGAUGUGUUGCAUGAUCUCCUGAGAGCUUGGACAGAGCAACUGGAACGGUCUAGCAAUUGGAGACUACGGGAUACACUCACAGGUCAGAUCGCGGCCCUGUGUGAGAUUGCAGACGGCACCGAUCUUUUACAAGUGUUGCUGCCUUUGGCCGUCAAGGCAUGUACAGAUUCGGUUUCGACGAUCCGUGAAUCUGGUGUUCUGGCGUUCCCUGCCCUCUGGGAAGCUAGUGGACGCGAUGAGGAUGAGGAUGAUGAUGACGAGGAGAAUGAGGAUGAGGAAGAUGAGAAUGAGAAUGAGAAGAAGCCUUUGUUCGUUAGCCAAAGCCCUGAUCAUGAUAUGGAAGAUGAUUUUGCCAUUCAUGGUGGGUUCCGGUCUCGAGUGGUGGCGGUUCAAAUUAUUCAGUCCUUGCUCGAUUACGGAGUUUCUAUCCCGGAAUUUGAAGAUUAUUUCUUACCCAUUCUGGCAGAUCGUUUGGCGGACGACUCCGUCGCUAAUAUCCGGAUUUGGGUCGCACGCGUAGUA